GCCUGUGAGUCGGGGACGCGCAGGGGGGCGCGGCUCCGCCUGGAGAAGGUGUGAGAGCGCGCACUGAUUUCUGGGAACUAUGAACGCUACAGCAGCUACUCGGGAGGAGUGCAGGGUGCUGAGAUAAAUCACCAACCUGAAGGAUUUUACAUUUCAGGUGACAAGAUGAUGAGCUUCCUGCUGCUGUUCAGCCGGCAGGGGAAGCUGCGGCUGCAGAAGUGGUUCGCUCCGGUGUCGGACCGGGAGAAGAAGAAGGUGAUCCGGGACAUGAUGCUGUUAGUGUUGGCCCGGCAACCUCGGUCCUGCAACUUCCUGCACUGGAGGGACAUGAAGAUCGUUUACAAGAGGUACGCCAGCCUGUACUUCUGCGUGGGUCUGGAGAACAACGACAACGAGCUGCUGUCACUCGAGGUCCUGCACAGAUACGUGGAGCUGCUGGAUAAAUACUUUGGGAACGUGUGUGAGCUGGACAUUAUAUUUAACUUUGAGAAGGCGUACUUCAUCCUGGACGAGUUCCUGAUGGGAGGAGAGGUUUUAGAAACGUCCAAAGUGGCUGUGAGUGUUUCCAUGGAGGAAGCUGACACACUGCAGGAGACGAUGGAGGAAUACAUGAGCAAACCGGCCUACUGAGUGAAGACUUACUUUUCAAGACUUGAAACAAAAGGUUUAUUAUUCCUCAGCUUAAUUUAGUAACGACUCAUUGUAGACGUUAUUCAACUCUCUAAGUGCCUUUUUAAGCCUCAUGUUUAUUAAUCUCAGGGUUUUACGACUGAAAGUAGUCCUUUUAUUACGUGUAAAUAUGUUUUUGUACUCUUAAUGGUGAUACAUGUCAGGCAUCGUGUGACGGUGAGUAAAUGAAGAAACACGACACAGUAAGGAAAAAAUAAAGUCAAUGCUUUAUUAACCCCAGGAAUGUCACAUAUGACCACAUUUAGGAAAGAAUUACCAAAAAAAACCCACAAGUGAAUCUAGAGGAUCCAACACUGAUUUGUGUAUGUGUGUGUACGUGUGUGUGAAAGGCUGGUGAGUCACAUGUACAGAUGGUUUAAAAAAACAAAUGAAUGUCUGAACACUCACAUCUCUGCUAAUAAAUAGGAACUUUUGUAAACCUACAGAA